UUGUAUUGUGCUUCAGUUUGAUUGUAUUCUGUAUUGUGCUAGUUGACAAAGGUUUAUAAGCCUAAAUUGAGCACACAAGAUGCAAAUGUAUGUAAUUCCAAUAAACCAAUUCCAAUAGUCAGAAAAUAUUAAUCAAAUCAAGUUGUGAAGUUUUAGAGAUCCAAUGAUGAAUGGUUUAAAGUGGAACCCUUGGUCUGAGGAUCUUCCUGGUGCAGCUUCACUUCUGGAACAAAUUGAUAAGAGGAUAUUCGUUUGGUUGCGAGAUGGAAGAAUGUAUGUUGGGACUCUCCGAACUGUUGACCAAUUUGCCAACUUAGUUAUGUCUGAAUCUUUUUUGCGUGUUCAAUUUGGGAAUGAUUAUGGGGACAUUCCUCAAGGCAUUCUAAUGAUAAGAGGAGAAAAUGUAGCACUCCUUGGAGAAGAAAAAGAAAGGAAAGAAUGCAAGUAUUCAGCUGAACAACUGCUUGCAAUUCAAGGAUAUUUAGAUAAUCGUCAAAAGGAAAUUGAUGAUCUUAAGUCAUUAGCCUAUUGGAAACGCGGAUUAAUUUUCACUCCAGACGAUUAUUUUUAAGAGAAUAAGCAAUAAAAAGUUGGAAAUCAUCCUACUACAUAA